GCGAACGAGGGGGGGGGAAGCUCUGGGGAGCGCUGCAAUACAAGUGUCCGGGACUUUGUGUUGUUAUUACGGAGGACAGAGCCCCCGAGAAGUGCUGGCAGAGAUGGCCCCGGCCCAGAGGAAAGUCUACGUGGUGGGAGUCGGAAUGACCAAGUUUCUGAAGCCCCGAAAUGAGGUUGACUACCCGGAUAUGGCUAAGGAGGCUGGACAGAACGCUCUGGCUGAUGCAGGGAUUGCUUACUCCUUGGUGGAGCAGGCAUGUGUGGGCUACGUCUAUGGUGACUCAACUUCUGGACAGCGGGCAAUCUAUCACAGCCUGGGGCUGACAGGGAUCCCCAUCAUCAAUGUAAACAACAACUGCUCCACGGGGUCCACAGCUCUCUUCAUGGCCAGACAGCUGGUCCAGGGAGGUUUGGCAGACUGUGUUCUGGCUCUUGGUUUUGAGAAGAUGGAACGAGGCUCAUUGGUGACUAAGUUCACUGACCGCACCAACCCAAUGGAUAAACAUGUGGAAGUUGUAGCAAACAAGUACGGCCUGGAAGCGGCUCCAUUGGCUCCUCAACUGUUUGGAAGAGCUGGGCAGGAGCACAUGGAGAAAUAUGGAACAAAGUUAGAACAUUUCGCAAAGAUCGCUUGGAAGAAUCAUAAACAUUCAACAAACAAUCCAUAUUCCCAGUUUCAGGAGGAAUACAGCUUAGAUCAGGUGAAGAAUUCAAGGAAAGUGUUUGAAUACCUUACAGUUCUCCAGUGCUGUCCAACUUCCGAUGGUGCAGCAGCGGCCAUUCUGGCAAGUGAAGACUUUGUGAAGAAACAUGGGCUGCAGCGCCAAGCGGUGGAGAUUGUGGCGCAGGAGAUGAUCACCGACACGUCCAGCACAUUCAGCGAGGAAAGCUGCAUCAAGGCGGUUGGGUAUGACAUGUCCAGGAUAGCAGCGGAAAAGUGUUACAAGACGGCCGGUGUGAAACCUGAGGAUGUGGAUGUGAUCGAGCUCCAUGACUGCUUCUCUGCAAAUGAGCUGAUCACGUAUGAGGCGCUUGGACUCUGCCCACCAGGUAAAGCUGGAGAAUUGAUUGACAGAGGAGACAAUACAUAUGGCGGACGCUGGGUUAUCAAUCCGAGUGGAGGUCUGAUCUCCAAGGGGCAUCCACUGGGAGCAACAGGCCUGGCUCAGUGUGCAGAACUCUGCUGGCAGCUCCGAGGUCAGGCCGGGAAGAGACAGGUUUCGGGGGCCAAUCUUGCUCUGCAGCACAACAUCGGACUUGGGGGCGCCGUGGUGGUCACGUUAUACAAGAUGGGGUUCCCAGACUCAGCAACCAGUUCUUCCCGUAUCCAGCUGAACCCGACCAGCGCUGGCAAUGGAUUUAAAGCCCAAUAUGUGUUCAAUGAAAUUGAGAAAAAGUUGAAAGAGGAAGGAGAGCAGUUUGUUAAGAAGAUUGGCGGAGUCUUUGCCUUUAAGGUAAAGGAAGGACCUAGUGGAGAAGAGGCAACUUGGGUGGUUGAUGUGAAGAAUGGCAAAGGCUCUGUGCACUUUAACUCAGAUCAAAAACCCGACUGUACGAUCACCAUGUCAGAUGCUGACCUACUAUCAUUGAUGACCGGCAAGAUCAAUCCACAGACAGCUUUCUUCCAGGGCAAGCUGAAGAUCACCGGGAAUAUGGGACUCGCCAUGAAGUUGCAGAGCCUGCAGCUGCAGCCUGUGAAGGCCAAGCUCUGAGGAGACCAUGACCAAUCCCCAGCCUGGCAGAUGCCAACCCUGCGAUGCCCAGAUGCCAUCAGUGUUGGCUUCUAAAGGACCAAGCGCAGCUGCUGCUUUCCCUACCCGAGAAUAUAAGAAUGAUCUCCCCUUCAUUUCUCAGCAGGCGCCAUGUACCCGUGCGGGUGUACGUGUAUAUACUGUUAUGUGUAUGAAUGGGACCUUCUGAAGUCCUGACCUACACUUGCCGGGCUGUUUAGAAAUGAGGGGACUUGUUGGGGACUUUGUUUCUAACAGCGUGACCUAAUCUGACGUCUCCUGUCUGUCUUCUCAACGCUCAUGGGUUAAAACAUUUUUCUGAUUUAUAGGGCAGUGGUGAUCGAACUAAUGUCUGUGAUUUUAGGAUACCAGCCGAGUCUCUUUAUACUGCAGCCUUGCAGGGUUACCCAACCAGUGUGCCUCCAGCUGUUGCAAAACUACAACUCCCAGCAUGCCCGGACAGCCGUCGGCUGUCCGGGCAUGCUGGGAGUUGUAGUUUUGCAACAGCUGGAGGCACAUUGGUUGGGAAACACUUUGCCGGGCUCUGAGCAGAAUUCUUGUUAAUAGUGAAAAUAACAUUUAAUAAAAACCACUAAUUUCACAAUUUUUCGGCUUGGUUUC